GAUACCUCUGUGGCUCAUCCGGCGAGACAAGGCGACGGCCGACCCUGUACCUGCAAAACCGCAUUCUACCUCCUAUUUACCUCUUAAUUCUUCUCCAAAAGCUGCACAAGAUACUGAACGAUGGCGCCAGCGACCGAGACGGCCCCGGCAGCGACCCCUGAAGCCGCGGCGACCUCUAAUGUGGGCAUCAACGCCGUCUUGCUCGGACCGCCUGGAUCCGGGAAAGGAACUCAGGGUCCCCGUUUGAAAGAGAGAUAUUGCGUUUGCCACCUUGCAACUGGUGACUUGCUUCGCGCAGAGGUAUCCUCCGGAUCAGAGAUAGGCAAGAAGAUCAAGGAGGUCAUUGAUGCAGGGAAGCUGGUGAGUGAUGAUCUGGUGGUGGGGAUGAUAGCGCAAAAUCUCAACAAACCGGAAUGUACGAAUGGCUUCAUCCUUGAUGGAUUUCCUCGCACUGUUGGUCAGGCAGAGAAGCUUGAUGACAUGUUGGAGCAGAGGAAGCAGAAGCUGGAUUCUGUCAUUGAGUUCUCUAUAGAUGAUAGCCUGCUGGUGCGCCGUAUCACAGGCCGUCUCUUUCACAAGCCCUCUGGCCGCUCAUACCACGAAGAGUUCUACCCCCCAAAGGUCCCAAUGACUGAUGAUAUCACUGGUGAGCCACUGAUCCGGAGGUCGGACGACAACCCAGAAACACUGAUUAAGCGACUGGAAGCCUACCACAAGCAGACUUCCCCCCUUGUUGAUUAUUAUGCCAGAAAGGGCAUCCAUACAGCGAUAGAUGCUUCUCGACCAGCCAACGAGGUUUUCAGGACUAUUACCACUAUCUUUGAAAAUGCUAAGAGUAAGGACAUAGUGAUGUUUCUAUAAGGACCAGGUACUCCAUGUCAGCUAAACUUAUUUGCACGUUGGUCUGUUCAUAACCUUAGGCUAAGACUUGGCAAUUAAUGAAAUGUGUGAAAGGCUUUGGUUCAAAAGUAAUACAUGAUGAUAUUUUCAUCCCAUUUUUCUUUCUCUUUUUUUUUUCCUAUUAAUAUUUAACCCAUGUGUAGCUUGAUAAUUGGAUGAUGAGGUAAAAUAUGCAUAUUUACUUUCACAAAAUUAACCUUAAGUUAGCUGUGUCAGAGGUGAUCAUCAGGGGUAAGAUAAUUGUAAACCUUUUUAUAUUCUUUUCAUCCAUCUUUAUUUUUGGUUUCAAAUGAGCCUGUAGAUGUACACAUUUUGCAACACUGUAGUGAGAAUCGUGUUAGUUAAAAUGCUUUCUUUUCCCCAUUUUUAUGUUUAUUUCCUGUUUUUAGUGUUUGGCCUUGUAAACUUUAAUUGCCAACCUUUGUCUCUUUGUUUUGCAUUACCUUAUGUCUCUAGGAAAGCAUUCAAACACCUAAAGAAGUUCAUCCAAAGGGAUUAACCGCAAUUAUUGACAUUUUCAAAGAUCUAUAAAAUUUUUGCAGGGGUGGAAUUAGUAAAUAAUCCACUCUUAAGAUCUUCUAAAAGAAUGGUUAGAUAUUUUCUUUGGAAAUUAUAUGAUACUUUAAAGGGGAGAGGAAGGGGUCUGUCAAAGAGAUUGUUUUAUAUGCUUCUGAAAAUAGUAAUUACAGAUGACCUCUUCUAUGGG